AUGCCCAUUCCGAUGGCUGCUGCGCUGAUCGGGCCUGGCCCGCUCCAGCUGAGGGCCGACCGAGGCUCCGACGACGAUGAGAUGCGGACAGCGGUCGCGGCCGCCCAGGAGGUGACCAGCAUGUUCGGCUCGACGCCAGCCUCGAGGCCCACCAGCGAGACGCAGAGCCACGCGCUGAACCUCCUAGCGCCGCUAAUUCGCUGGACAGGGCAGCUGCUGCGGACGGAGCCGGAAGAGCAAGUUCCACCAAUCCAUGUGGACGAGGACUAUCGGCAGUCUCUGCUGCAGCUCAUGAAGCUCUUCCCCUACUCACUGCAAAACCUCGCGCUCAUAGGGGCGGGACCGACUGAGCUUCUCCAGGCAGGAUUUCGGGCCCGAGACCUCCGCGAGGCGGGCUUCGCUUGGGCCGCCCUGCGCGCAGCUGGCCUCUCGCUGCUCGAGCUGCGGCAUGCCGGCUACCAGGCUGAGGACUUCCUGGCCGGUUCUGUGGAGCUUGGGGAGAUGAGGGCCCUGGGCUUCAGCGCCAAAGAGCUGCGCGAGGCCUUGCCCGCGGGGCCCGAAGUUCCAGGCUCUCUGCGAGCUGCGGGUUUCAGCACCUCCCAGCUGAAGGUUGCGGGCUUCGAUGCCUGGCAGCUGGAGGAGGCCGGCUGCAGUGUCCCUGAGCUUCUGGACGCCGGCUUUGGGGCCCAGCAGAUGCGCUACACGUCCCUAAGCGCCAUGGGCUUAAGGGAGGCCGGCUUCGGCGCCCAGGAGCUCUGGGAGGCAGGCUACACUCGGAAGCAGCUGAAGCUCAUGCACUUUGACGAUGAGGAGCUGUCCGCGGCAGGCAUUGGCGAGCAGGCCAACUCGCCUGGCGAACGGAGCCCGAGCCCUUCCGAGGCUUCGCGUGGCGUGAGCGACACGCAGCACGACGAGGCUUCCCAGAGCCCAGUUGGCAUCACGGCCAGGAGUGCGGCUUACAGUGAAGAUGAAGCGUCCAACUAUGACGACUACAGCGACUUCGAAACAGAGGGCGAGUCAGCCUCGCCCCACAGGAGCGACGUCCGCGAAGAGUCGGCCCGCGCACCGGGACUGCAAGACUUCGCGGUAGACGGAGAUGAGGAGGAUGAGUACGACGAUGAGGAGUACGAAGACGAUGCGCAGGGGGACGAUCCGACUGAGGACCCCCGGGCACGUUCAGCCAGCAGAUCCGAAUCUCAGCAAGAAGCGGCCGAACCGCCGAACAGUACCGAGGCUGCAGAAGGGUCGACCGACUUCGCCGGCGCGAGCGGAGAGGACGCGCCGCAGGACUUUCUGGAUGUCCGCGGCUACGUGGUGGCCUGA